AUGACACAGAGGAGUAAAAGGGAGAAGGAUGUGACUAUCAAAUACGUCACUCUAGGAUGUGCUCGUGGUGGCAAUGCACAAAAUCGGACGUCAAAUGUCUCUAAGCCUCGGCCAACAAGGAAGACAGACUGCAAGGCAGGGAUGAAUGUGUUGUUGAAGAAUGGGAAGUUGUGUGUCACAUCGGUAUUUAACACACACAAUCAUGUGCUAAGUCCAAGAAAAUCCAGGUUUUUCAGAUGCAAUAGAGAAGUUAGUGAGUCCGUUAAGAGAGUUUUGGAUACAAAUGAUGAGGCUGGCAUAUGGAUGAAUAAGAGUUUCCAAGCUAUCGUGACUGAUGUGGGUGGGUUUGAGAACGUACCAUUUGGGGAAAAAAAUUGUCGUAACUACAUUGAUAAGGCACGUCACCUACAGUUGGAGAAAGGUAGUGCACAAGCAUUACUUGAGUAUUUUCGACGGUUGCAAUACAAGAAUGAUGGUUUUUACGGCAUAAUGGAUUUGGAUGAUGAUAGGAUGAGAAAUGUGUUUUGGGUGGACGCCCGUAGUAGAGGAGUGUACAACUACUUUGGAGAUGUGGUAACAUUCGAUACCGCGUAUCUAACAAAUAGAUAUGGAAUGCCAUUUGCACCUUUCAUGGGUGUAAAUCACCAUGGGCAGUCAAUCCUCUUGGGUGCAGGGCUUAUUUCAAGUGAGAAUACAGAAUCAUUUGUGUGGUUAUUUAAAACUUGGCUUGAUUGUAUGGAUGGAAAGGCGCCAAAUACUAUUAUUACAGAUCAAUAUCGUGUAAUGAAAAAUGCUAUCGCCAUUGUGUUCCCUAACACGCGUCAUAGAUAUUGCUUGUGGCACAUACUGCGCAAGGUUCCUGAGAAGCUUGGUAGUUAUAAUCAAUACAAAUGUGGCCUGAAAAAGCGAGAGUUUUGGGUGCCGGUAUAUUUGAAGAAUUCGUUUUGGGCUGGAAUGAGUACAACUCAGCACAGUGAGAGUAUGAACGCUUUCUUCGACGGCUAUGUGCAUGCUAAGACAAAUUUAAAAGAGUUUGUUGAUCAAUUCGACAGUGCAUUGAAGAAAAAAAUUGAGAAUGAAAACCAAACAGACUUUCAUUCAUAUAACUUCACAAUUCCACUUAUAUCACACUUGGCACUUGAGAAGAAAUUUCAAGAAGUGUACACGAAUGCCAAAUUUAGGGAGGUAUACUGCACCAUGAAUCCCCACAGCGUAGCUUCAAAUGUUGGAUUAAGUACUGUUCAUGCAACAACGGAAGGAAGUUCAAAAAAAGUAUUAAGUCCCCAUGUUGUCAGAGGCAAGGGAAGACCCCCGACUAAGAGGAGGAUGUCGAUGAUGGAGGAGAAAGUGAAGAAAAUAAAAACUAAGGCUGCUAAAAACAGCAAUGACAAGGGAAAAAGCAAACCGCGGUGGCGUAGAUUGGAUACUGAAUUAUUGGAAAGCAGUGGGAACCAAACAUUUGUGAUUACCAACCAAGAAACUGUACAAACAUCUGUACAGUUGGAUGGAACACAACCUUCAAUGGCAGAAAGAACACAAUCAGAAAGUAGAGUAUAA